AUGGCGAGAGAGAAGUAUAUCAUCGGAGGCAAUCGAGGGUUCCUUCACCCAAAUCCCAGUCCAGAAGAGCUUUCAGAGCUCGAGAAGGUCGGAUCCUCAGUGAGCGUGAGCACAAAUCCGAAGAAAGAUAAAUUUCGCCGCCAUUGCAGACGAUUCUGGUGUCUUUACCUCAUCGGCAAUGUAAUCUUCUUAGCAAUUCUCUUGCCCAUCUUUGAGCUGAACCCGAAAAGCUUCUUGGUCGUAAUUCCCGCCGUUGCACAACUUGUCGUGAACAAAGCAGACAUUCGCCUUAUCAAGGCGGAGGUUAUGAACCCAACGCCAGAAUCAGUGCGCAUGACAUUGGAAACCAAAAUCAACUUGAAGCUUGCACUCCCCGUCCGGCUCGACCCUGUCGUCUUCUACACCUUCGUGCGCAAGUUUGGCCAUGAGACCCCAUAUGCAGCAAUCGAUAUCCCCGGUCAAACCGUCAAGGGAAAUUAUUCACUCGGAGUCUACGACCAAUUUACACCACUCCUCAACCUAACGACCUGGGAGGAGUUCGUGCAUCAAGCUGUCUACCAAGAGAAGACAUCAUUAUCUCUGUAUGGAAAGACCACCGGGUACCUCGGAGUCCUGAAGAACAAAAUCACCUUGGAUAGGAAUAUAGUGAUUCCAACAUUGAACAAGUUUGAGGGUUUCAGCAUCGCAGACGCCACCCUCGUUCUUCCAGCAGAAGACGACGGCAGCAACCUUAUCGCCAACAUUACCCUGCCAAACCCAACCGUUCUCACCUUCGAAGUGGGCACCAUUGUCCUUGACCUCAAGAGUGGCGAUACAGACAUAGUGCUCGGCAACGCCACCAUCACAGAUGUCACCCUGAGACCGGGCAACAACGUAUUCCCAUUGCGAGGUGUCCUCGACCUCAAGACAGUGCUCGGCAACCUCACCGCAGUCCUCGCCUCCCAAGCCACCUCGCUCCGGAACGGCUCACUGGGACUAACAGCCGUAACCAGAACAAUUGUCUCCAACGGCACCCUGAUUCCAUACUACACCAACGUGCUCGGGUCCUUGCCGCUGGUGGCAAACGUGGGCAUUGGCGAAGUGCUCAAGAACACGCUCGGCCACUUGAAAUCCGGUGGCAAGCUGGAUCUGUCGGGUGCACUGUCGGCCAUCAAAGAUGACGACAAACGCCGAAGGGCUGUACAGUUGGACAGCCCGGUUGGAUACGGCGACGCAUUCAGCCAGGUAUCAAGUCUGAAACACAAUAAACACGUCCAGGAGGUUUUCGGGGAUGAAGAACCUCAACGACGAGACGCUAUGAUAGACUCGCUGGCUCGAUAUUAUGCGUCGCUAUGA